AUGGAUGAACUCCAGACCACUCUUACCAACGAACGAUGCACAUCAAAUAACUUCACAACUAACCGAAUACAACUCAAGACCAACAUAUCAGACAUUUCAGAUAUAGAAAUUCCUUCUGAUGUCCAGAUUUUCAUCAGACUUCCAGAUCAGUUACAGAAGAAUUUAAACAUCAGUGCUGGUUUUGUGCUCUAUGAGAAUGACCUCCUCUUCAGGUCAAGAGCCUUUAAGCGGACACUUAACACCAGGAGGAUGGUGAUCUCUGGAACUCUAGGAGAUGUCAAAGCCCAACAUGUGACCUUGCGGUUCCUACCCAUGAAUGUGUCCAAGAAAUCCCUGCAUGACUUUGCCUGUGUGUUCUGGGACUACAGCGUAAAUGACUGGAGCACUACAGGAUGCUCCAAAGCCAACCUCUCGACGGGCUCUCUCCAGUGUAGCUGUAACCACACCACUAACUUUGCUGUACUGAUGUCUUUCAGGAAGGACCAUGUAUAUGCUGAGUCACUGAGUGCAAUCAGUAUUGUGGGGUGCUCUUUGUCAAUACUGGGGCUGAUAAUUACUGUGAUAUUCCAGAUUAUUACCAGGAAGUCCAGAAAAGGUGCUCCCACAGUCCUCCUGGUUCACGUCUGUGUGUGCAUGGCCAUCUUUUACUUCCUCUUCCUGUUUGGAACUGACAACCCCAACAGCAAUUUGAAGAGGGACAUGUCAGAGAAAAACGUCAUCCUGCCCUCUGACCUCCAUCAGGAUCCUGAUAGAGGUCCCUGCACUGCCCUCACGGCCCUGAUGCAGUACUUCCUAUUGGCCACAUUCACCUGGAACACCCUCUCCGCAGUGCACAUAUUCAUUCUCAUCAGGAAAACUCUGUCAGGCCCACCACCAAGCGGAGUCCUCCUGAUCUCUUUAGUAACGGGAUGGGGACUUCCCGCUGUUGUGGUUGCAAUCUCAUUGGGAGUGGCCUACAGAGUGGAUAAUCCUUUGAGCUAUAGACGGGAAGAGUUCACGGCAAACACCUCCAUGAGGAAGAGGUUCCUGAGCAGCCUCUCUCUCGGGGUUCUGCUGGGCCUCACUUGGUUUCUGGGCUACCUGGUGCUCUCUACCACGGGCACCACAAGCUACAUCUUCAGCAUCUUAUUCUGUGCGUGCAAUACCACCCAGAUUGCACUCCACAGACGGAAGAACAUUCUGCAGAAUUCUGUGGAGAUCCAGGAAACCAAAGAAUGA